AUCCCUAGGUAUAUUAUAACACUUCAUGAACUUCUGGCUCACACACCACAUGAACAUGUUGAGCGAAAAAGCCUAGAAUUUGCUAAAUCUAAACUAGAAGAACUUUCAAGGGUGAUGCAUGAUGAAGUGAGUGACACAGAAAACAUCCGGAAGAAUCUAGCCAUAGAAAGAAUGAUAGUAGAAGGCUGUGAUAUACUGCUAGAUACCAGCCAAACUUUUAUACGCCAAGGUUCCCUUAUUCAAGUCCCCUCGGUUGAGAGGGGAAAACUUAGUAAAGUUCGCCUGGGAUCACUCUCUUUGAAAAAAGAAGGAGAAAGGCAGUGCUUUUUAUUUACAAAACACUUCUUAAUUUGUACUAGAAGUUCGGGAGGAAAACUGCAUCUGCUGAAGACAGGAGGUGUUCUGUCUUUAAUAGAGUGCACACUGAUUGAGGAGACUGAAGCAAGUGAUGAUGAUUCAAAAGGUUCUGGGCAGGUGUUUGGACAUCUUGAUUUCAAGCUUGUAGUUGAACCUACAGAUGCUCCUCCAUUUACUGUUGUCCUUUUAGCCCCUUCACGACAGGAGAAAGCCGCAUGGACAAGUGAUAUAAGUCAGUGCAUUGAUAAUAUUAGGUGCAAUGGUUUAAUGACCAUAGUGUUUGAAGAAAACUCAAAAGUCACUGUGCCACAUAUGAUCAAAUCUGAUGCACGCCUUCACAGAGAUGACAUUGAUAUCUGCUUUAGCAAAACAUUAAAUUCCUGCAAAGUACCCCAGAUUCGUUAUGCAAGUGUGGAACGCCUUUUGGAGAGGUUAACCGACUUGCGAUUUCUGAGUAUUGAUUUCCUGAACACUUUCCUACAUACCUACCGUAUAUUUACUACUGCAGCAGUUGUGCUGGAAAAACUUUCAGACAUAUACAGAAGACCUUUCACUUCCAUUCCGGUCAGGUCUUUGGAAUUAUUUUUUGCUACUAGUCAAAACAACAGAGGAGAGUACCUUGCUGAUGGGAAGUCACCACAUCUUUGCCGCAAAUUUUCUUCUCCUCCCCCAUUGUCCCUCUCCAGAACUUCCUCACCCGUCAGAACACGAAAAUUGUCACUGACCUCACCCCUGAAUUCAAGGAUAGGUGCCCUUGAUCUUUCUGCUUCCUCUGCCGCAAGCAGUCCUACCUCAACCUACAGCCCAGCCACCUCCCCUCCGCCAACGAGCAGCAAAGUGCCGCUGGACCUCAGCAAAGGGCCCUCGUCCCCCGAGCAGAGCCCCGGCUCCAUAGAGGACAGCUUGGAGAACCCUCGCAUUGACCUCUGCAACAAACUGAGGAGAAGCAUUCGAAGAGCAGCAGUUUUGGAUUCUGUGUCGGUGGACAGGACAAUUCCUGAAAGCACCUCAGCAGCGGAUACCCCAGAACUUUCCCCAUGUAGAUCCCCUUCGACACCACGUCAUCUUCGCUACCGGCAGUCAGGAGUACAAACUGCUGACAACAGCCACUGCUCUGUUUCUCCUGCUUCUGCUUUUGCAAUUGCUACAGCUGCAGCAGGGCAUGGGAGCCCACCAGGAUUUAACAACUCUGAACGCAUGUGUGACAAAGAGUUCAUAAUACGCAGAGCAGCCACUAACCGUGUCCUGAACGUCCUGCGGCAUUGGGUCUCCAAGCAUUCUCAGGAUUUUGACCUGAACAAUGAGUUGAAAAUGAAUGUGUUAAAUUUGCUGGAAGAAGUUUUGAGAGAUCCAGACCUUCUACCACAAGAAAGGAAAGCUACUGCAAAUAUUUUGAGGGCCCUAUCUCAGGAUGAUCAAGAUGAUACCCACUUAAAAAUAGAGGAUAUCAUUCAGAUGUCAGAAUGUCCAAAACCAGAAUGCUUUGAGACUUUGUCAGCCAUGGAGCUUGCAGAGCAAAUAACUCUUUUAGAUCACAUAGUUUUCAGAAGCAUACCCUAUGAAGAGUUUCUUGGUCAAGGCUGGAUGAAACUAGAUAAAAAUGAGAGAACACCAUAUAUUAUGAAAACUAGUCAACACUUUAAUGAUAUGAGUAACCUUGUUGCCUCCCAAAUUAUGAAUUAUGCCGAUGUCAGCUCCCGGGCUAACUCAAUUGAGAAGUGGGUGGCAGUAGCAGAUAUCUGUAGGUGUAUGCACAAUUAUAAUGGUGUGUUAGAAAUCACAUCAGCCUUGAACAGAAGUGCAAUCUACAGACUGAAGAAAACAUGGGCAAAAGUAUCCAAACAGACAAAAGCUCUCAUGGACAAGCUUCAGAAGACUGUAUCCUCUGAAGGAAGAUUUAAAAAUCUUAGAGAAACACUGAAAAAUUGUAACCCACCUGCAGUUCCUUACCUUGGAAUGUACUUGACAGAUCUAGCAUUUAUUGAAGAAGGAACACCAAACUUCACUGAAGAAGGCCUUGUCAAUUUUUCCAAAAUGAGAAUGAUCUCGCAUAUUAUCAGGGAAAUACGCCAGUUCCAGCAGACCUCCUACCGCAUAGAGUAUCAGCAGAAGGUCACUCACUAUUUACUUGACAAGACACUCAUCAUAGAUGAAGAUACUCUGUAUGAACUCUCCCUAAAGAUUGAACCCCGACUCCCCGCCUGAAGAACCAGCUUUGCCUCAGAGUCUACAGAAGGCUUUAGAAUAAUGAACAAAGUUAUGCAUGCCAAGACCUAAAGACAUCAAGGGAAAAAUUGAGAAGAAUGCAAGCUCUCUUUUCCAGUGAGAGACACAGAGCCUCACAGCAUUACCCUCUCAGGCAAGGAAAAACAGCUCUGGGAGGUGGAAGAUAAAGAUGCUUCACGUCUGGGUUAAAUGAUUACUGCUUUGCAGUGAUAAUGAUUUGCAAUAGGGAGUAAGCAUCUAAUUGAAAACAGGAGGCUUUCAUGUGCACAGGUACUCACUGUAGUCAUCUUAAUGGGACCAAUUAAGGGGAUAGAUGUAAAAGGUAGUACCAUAU